GUAAUUGAGCAGAAUUCAAAUACUGGAGAUCAUUCGUGUCUCAGCCUUUUCUUGGUUUUGGUUCCUCAAUGAAAGGUGAAUUUCAGAACUGAUUAUGCCACUUCUCACCGAGAUGACAUGAAAAGACAGUCCUUGCCACGCUUACUGAGGCAGCCAAUUGUAGGAAGUCCCAGGAUGAGUCUUCACGGGAAUGUUGCAAUGAUUGACCGGAGUCUGCAUCCUUCAGAGCAGAUUGGCAAAGGUCCUCACCAUCGAGAAGGGAGUAGCCUCCCACCAUGUCUCCGCAGCAUGGUGAACCCCAUCAGGCAGCGGAGUCUGGAUCCUGACCUGGGGCUGUUCUGUCAGACAACAAGCUCCCGUCCUUGUAAAGGUUCCCCUUCUUCCAUUUACAGUGCUCUGAAUGACCAGGGAUGUCCCAUUUCCGAGCCAGGCUCUACCCUCUGGCCUAAGGAAAAAUGGGCUAAUUCCCACAUGGGGCAGAACGCCGGCAUGAGUAUAGGUCCCAGGGAUACCAAGGGAGAGGACAGCAGCAAGUCCUGGAAAGCCUCUGAGCGUAUUGUGCUGAUUGUUGAUAACACACGGUUUGUAAUCGACCCUGUCAUCUUUGCAGCUCACCCUGACACCCUGCUCGGCCGAAUGUUCACCUCAGGCCGAGAAAAUAACGUCACAAAGGCAAACAAGAAAGGCGAGUAUGAGAUUGCUGAGGGCAUUACUUCCACUGUCUUCCGUGCAGUCCUGGAUUACUACACCACCGGAAUCAUUCAGUGUCCUGACGGAAUUUCAGUCCAAGAACUCAGGGAUGCAUGCGACUAUCUGUGCAUCAACUUCAAUCACAAUACAAUCCGCUGCCGAGACCUCAGUGCUCUGUUACAUGAGUUAUCAAACAAUGGGGCACGGAGGCAGUUUGAGAGGAACCUGGAGGAACUGGUGUUGCCCCUGAUGGUGUCCAACGCACGGAAGGGUGAACGGGAGUGCCAUGUCGUGGUACUGGCACAUGAAGACACGGUGGACUGGGAUGAACAGCAUCCGCCCCAAAUGGGGGAGGAAUAUUCUCAAAUUAUUUAUAGUACCAAACUGUACAGGUUCUUCAAGUACAUUGAGAACCGGGAGGUCGCUAAGCUGGUGUUGAAGGACCGAGGGCUAAAGAAUAUCCGUAUUGGAAUUGAAGGUUACCCGACCUACAAGGAGAAACUGAAGCUGCGGCCCGGGGGCCGUUACGAGGUGAUCUAUAACUAUGUGCAGCGACCUUUCAUCCACAUGUCCUGGGAAAAGGAAGAGGGGAAGAGCCGGCAUGUGGACUUCCAGUGUGUCAGGAGCAGGUCUGUCACCAACCUGGCCUCCCCUGCUGCUGAUGUUCCACGGGACCAUGACGUUACGCAUCACCCGCAGGUGGACGAGCUCGACAUCCUUGGCCCACCACAGGAGCAAGCUGUAGGUGACAGCGCCCAAGAGUGACAGAGACCCUGGGGCACAGAUGUCACAAAUAACAUGUAACAAAUGCCACAGGAAGACAGGGCUGGACGAACAGUGCUCCCUGCCCACCCUGUCACUGGAAUAAAUGAGGACUAUGGUGGUCCAUUGGUGACAGCACUAUGACAGCAGCUGACGUGAUGGCUGGGGUGUGACACCUGGCCCUUGUGUGCAUGUUGUAGGCUGGUGUUGCAUUGCAGGGACACAGAGUAGUGAACAGCAGUAUUGAAGGCCUCUCCAGAAGAACUGAAUCUUCCACUGGACCCCAACUUUUGGGUAGGAUGGGAGAUGAGUAAUCAGGUGGGUGGGGGUGGGAAAAUUUACAUAAAUGCAAACUCAGACACUUGAUUUCUGUAUAAACUUCAAUGGCUUUGCUCUGAUGGGAGGCAGUUGAUGAUGUAAAGUGGAUGUAUCACUCCCUGCAUUGAUAUCACAGGUGCUAGUGAGUGUUUUGGUGGGGUGGGGGGCAGACCUUAGUGUGGCUGCAUUCCUUACAGACUCCGAUCACUGUACUGUAGGUACUUGUGGAUCUGUCCUUAUUCAAAUCCAUUUAUUUUCUCAGUUAUAGUGGGGACAACUUGAAGUACAAAAUUGGAACCCAGUCUCCUCCCUGUGAUGGUUUCCUUUGGGAUGGUCACACGUUAAAUUGGAAUCUUGUGGAAGAAACAUUUGGCCAUUUGCUUUUGCACUUGGUACAAACUACUCUCAAAGUCCUGGAGCAUACUCACUGUGGGAUGACAUGCACACAUCACUAAAGGGUCUCACCCCCCAGCUUUUAUUUCAGUAGAAUGCUCCUGUCUGUGAUCUCCACUCCUCUUGCCUAUCUCAGGGAAUGAGCAAAGGACCUGUGACACUGGGGACAGAUAAUCUGCUGCUGUCCUCCUGUUCACUCAAUUAUCUACCUUGCUCUGGGGUGUGGGUGUGCCACAGGCCCAGCUCAGUAUCUUUCAAAGAGCCCAAGGCUGAGUAUUUUUUUUUUAAAUGGUGCAAAACUAAGAACAGUGUAGCUACAUAAAUCACUAUAAUAUAAUGCGUCAGGUACAAAACAUAAUCCAAUGAGCUAAUAGAAUGUUAGUUUUUCCUUAUAACUGGAGGUCUGGAAUAUAAAGGGAAAGAUAUGUUGCUACAGCUAUACAAAACUCUGGGUAGACCAUCUGAAGUCAUGUGUAGAGUUCUGGCACCAUUCCUUAGGAAGAGGGUAUUGGCUUUGGAAGGAGUGCUGUGCAGAUUCCCCAGCAUAUCACCAGGACUCCAAGCAUUAGAUUGAGGAAAGGUUACAUAAACUAGGCUUGUAUUUGCUGGAAUAUAGAAGGUUAAGAGGCGAUUUAGUUGAGGCUUUCAGGAGAUAAACUUUUCCCGAUGGUAGGGGACCCCAGGACAAAUCCCAAGCAGACCAUUCAGAAGACGGUGGAACACUUCUUCAUGUAAAGGAAGGAAGAAGUUUAAACCUCUCUCCCCAAAAAGCAGUAAGCUCUUAAUUUAAAAAAAAGGAACCAAGGCAGUUAGAUGGUGGGGGGUGGGGGUAGAUAUGAAUUAGCCAUUGAAUGGUGGAACAGGCUUGAGGGGUUGAGUGGCCUCCUCCUAUCUCUAUGUUCUCCACCUUUCUCGUGCAGACUUAAGAGUUACAGUGGCAGUCUCGGCCAUUACACUGGCUUUAAUGUGCACAGAAAUCAGUAUCAUAAAUAUCCAUCAUGGCAUCAAUUACUGGGGAAAUGUACCCCAAAACAACCAAGUACAGGGCCAUGCCCUGUGCCUGGUGAUGUGAACCUCCACAUUAUGCAGCCAACUCGGUCCAGUCCUUAGCUGCUGGUGUGUGCUUUGACAGCUGGAAGCAGGGCCAUGCUCAGGGAAAUAAGUGAAUCAGCGAGAGCUUUAUAGCAUUGGAAGUGGCCAUUCAGCCUCAGGUGUAUAUAAACUAACACUCCCCAUAGCCUUAUAUUAGUCCCACUCUCUCCAUAUCCCUAUAUCAAUCCCAGACUCAUCUCAUUCCUCACUCUCUCCAAUUGCCCUGGUAUCAGUCCAAAAGUUAUCUCACCCACUCUCCCAUACCCGUGUCUGUACCAAACAAAUCCCACUGCCCCUGCUCUCCUUUCAGCCCUCCAUCUUUCUCUGCUUUGAUAUUUCCUUUAAGAUACAAUGGUCUUUGUCCAACAAUUUAGUGUUAUGAUUGAACUGAUGAUUUGAGUCACUGACUCAACAAACUGUGGACAUAGUCUUUCCCAACACACUAGCCAAACCCUUCAUUUUUUUUCAUUCUCUUAAAUCUCUGCCCCUGUAUCUCGAGUCCCUGGCAUCAUCUUGGGAAAUCAGAAAUGUUCGUUAAGAAACUGCACACAGUAUUCCCAAUUAUGACCCAUAUUUGGUAUAAAUUCAUCAUUACUCCCUUCAUAUCAGACAGUUCGAUAGGAAACAGCCUCCCAGAUCCAGGCCACCAUUAAGUGAACUUUCUUUGAAGCUUUUCCCUUUGGAAUCUCUUUUCAGCUGAAGGGAGCCAUAGGAUCUGCUAGUCAAAAUAUUGCCUACUGGAGGUGACACAGAUUCUGGCUCUUCCACAUCUGGGACACAUCUCUCUGCAUAUAACUUGUUCCUAUUGAACUGUCUCCUAUUUGAACAAGAGGUUUGUGGGUCAGGACCUAUAAAUGACAUUUGGGACAGGGUCAACAUUGCAACAAAUCCAAGUGCUCUGACUGAUUCCCACAAAAUAGCAGCGUGCAGGUCUGAGGUAUUUAUAGUGAGUGGGGGCAUCGAUACAGCACAACAAAAGGGUCUGUAUACAGCAACUUUUGAGAUACCGAGUUCCCUAAUCUCCAAUAUUGUGCUCAUACUGUGAAAUAUUGCAUUGAAUUCUGUCAACUGAAUAUGGCUGUUUUACUCUGUCCCCAACCAUCUGUUAUAGAGGCUGAUGAGAGAGCUGUCUCUGCCAGUUAAUUCUGCUGUAAGAUACAACCUCCACAUGCCCAGGCAAGGGAAGGUAAAAACCAACCCAGGCUUUCCUCUGGCUCAGCUGUGCACGGGAUAAAAGCAGAGCAGUGAUGCCUUCCAUGGUUGAAUGCUCCACAAAGAGCUGGCAUCUUCGGCUGGGGAGAGAAGGAAACCAAUCUGCCCUUGAAGUAAAUACUGAAUCCAAAAGCAGACAGGUGGGGGGAAACAUACAAAAGGUCUACCUAUGUUUCAGCAAGUAGCCAAUCUACAGACUGCCUAGGGAGACAUGGUAACAAUUAGGAUUGCUUAAUUUAAAUGCAGGUUAGAUUUCAGGAAGUAAAUUUUUGGGAUACAAUAUAGGAGUAAUUGAGACAUGACAUGCAAGUGUAGCAGCUUGAGGAACAAGUGACUCAAUCUAAAGUUUCCAAAAUUCUUCAUACUCGGGGUUCCUCACUUAUGUAAGGGUUUGUAAAAUAAUUAACAGAUUUAAAGCUGUGAUUAGUCAAUAAACUCCAUUAUCCUUGAA